AUGCCUGUUCCGCCCGCUGCUGCUAAUGACCACUGCGCUUUCGUUCAAUAUGAACUAACGCUCCCUUUUCAGCUCGCACUCACCCACUUCUGCGAGGCCCAUGGCCCCAAGUCCGUUCUCUGCACCCAAGUCCUGCCCUUGGAAUGUGCAUUAUGCCUUCCACCGUCGCCUCCUCUGAGAGCUUCCUCGUCCACCGAGUCCCUUGCCACCCAAGUCCAUAAUCCCUCCCUUGAAGCCUCACAGAACCUCCAGGCUCCGCCAUCACUGAGAAAAACCGACACGAAUUCCACCUGGCCCACCGAUAUUUCCGGCGCAUCCACCGCGAUCGACUCGGAAACAGAGCCUGAAAGUCCUACCAUCGAGAAACACCCUCUCUUUCAGCCAGUUGACCAGUCACGGACGCUCUCCUCACAGUGGCGGUAUGGUCGGAACCAAGAUGAGACCUGUGCCAGCUGCAGUUUCUCGGUCCCGAAGGCCGUAGCAGAAAAGCUCCCCGUCGGCGCACCAGGUAGCAAGAGAGCGAAUCACCAAAACAACAUCAAUACAGGAGCGCCAGUGCUGCGAUCAAGGGAAUUUGUGUGUCUCCGAGAAAAGAAGAGAAGGAAUAGCAGUCUUCACGUCUCGGACGAUUCCAAGCCGUCCUCCUACGGCUCAUCCGUCACGUCAUCUGGCUCCUCCCAUGCGACAUCACAUCUCCAGACUCACCGGUCCGACGACUGUCACGACCACACCCUAACUUACCUCACGGCCAAAUCCCCCGCGGAUCGGGAGAGCUAUGCCCAACUACGUGCUUCUGUUAUUCGGACUCUGUCCUGCGAACUUCUCCCCCGAGGCAUGUCGGACGGCCCUUUCUGCUUCGGUGACUCCAACACAGGCUAUACCAUUGCAUACGUUUUUCGGCUCACAGAUCCAAAGGCCCGAGGCCGACGGCGGGCAUACGCUUUCCUGGCUUUAGCGGGGAAGGAUGCCAGUCGCGCAUUUGAAGCUUGCCCCAUGCUUUGGGAAUCGUUCGCGCGGAUGGCGAAAGGUAUUGAAACAGCUGCCCAAAAGCAACGGUUGAAAGAAGAAAAAGAAGCCGAGCUGGACACAAGCGGCAAAUCCACCGCCAGGAAUUACACUCCCGUGUCUUCCUUCUUGACGGCUCGCACGGUUGACCCAGACGGCCACCCGCGGCGUGUUGGACAAGCCACGCCGCGUAGCUUGGCCGAGAUCGUAGGCGACGAAAAUAUUUUCACAUUCCUGCACCAAUAUUUUGUCGCUAUCCUGCGUUGCCUGGGCGAGCGCUUUGGUGGACCGCCACUGGCAGAAAAUCCGCUGGUUUACCACUCUACCAGUGAAGAGUCGCCGCGAUUUAGCAAAGCAGACGUUGCUCAAACCAGCGAGCAUAGUCACGAUAGUGAUCUAGGUCUCGCAGAUUCUAAAACUGACAAGAAUCAUUUCGAGAGCCUCAGAGACCAAGAUACCACCCCAACACCGCAACUUUAUCAGAUGAGUCCCAGCAAGACUUGGCCAUUGCAACAACCAAAGCAGCAAGAGGUGAUAGAGACCAUUGCGCCCGAGAGGAAAGACAAGUCAAAUGGAGAUUGCGUAUCCGAUGUUGAUCUUGCAAAGUCAAACGCGAAAAAGACCAUCAAAGAGAAGGACAAGAACAAGAUGUUCGCCAGUACUAAUAUGACCUUGAAGAAGCUGACUCCGCAAUGUGCGAUGCCCAUGGCCGUCACUGAGACAGCCCAGAGGCAGGUGGUCGUAUGA